CAAUGGCGCCGUUCGGUUCCGGUGAAGAUUGAACGGCGAGCAGCGUUUAGUCGUUUUCAGAGCUCUCGCGCGAGCAGCUGUUGAGUUGGAAAACAGAGCAAACGCACUUCGUCGAGUUCGCGGUCGAAACCGUGGAAGCGACAAGGUGGAAACGAAUUUCGUUUUGUUUGGCGCGAAAAUCCGAAUACCGAUCCGUGCACGUGUGUGAGCGUGGAGUUUGAAUUGCGGAGCAAAAAUCCGUUACAAAGAAAGAAAGCGUAGCCGUAGCCGCCUUUCUGCUCUGGUUUCUGUUUUGCGUGCGUGUCGUCUUCAAAAUUCAAAGCCUCAUGUGCAUAAAUUCCUUGCAAAGCAGUCGUUUGCCUUCAAACACGUGUUUAUUGAAGCGCUUCUAGUAGGUGGUCAUAAUUUAUCCACGUUCCAGUGCACCUAGGUCCACCCUUCCAAAUUUUCUUCAAAGCAGCAAUUGAACGCGUACGGUAGCAAUAUCCUUAAUUGGACGAUUUGACCAUUAAACCGCAAUAAAUUCGUGCAACAACCAGUGCCGAGCGUAAUUAAGCGCACGGUUUGGUGGGAAAAAGGACCGCCGGAAGCACUCCAUCCCGUAGAUGGGUAGAUGCCCGUUUCGCAUGUAAGGACAUUAUCCGCAAGAACUGUAGCGGCCUCGUAUCACUAGAGCAAGAUCUUCCGAAGCCCAAAAAACGACUCUGUACAAGUUCACAGCGAAAGGAAAGGUUACAAGUGAAGUGGGAAGUGAUUAUCAUUUGCGAGUGAGUGAACGAAUUUCUUGUUGUUGUGUCCGCGUGCAACGGGGUGUGACGUACGGCUUAGAAAGGUUGCCCGGCACGGAUUGCUGUCCCGGUUGGCACCCGGUGGGCACCUUCUUAAGUGGUUCGUGUUUGGAGAGGAAAAUUAGUUCAUCGCAUCGUUUACCUAUCGAUCGUGCCGAGUGGGGUUGAUCGUGUUGCAGCUGUACUGUGCUGCGUGGCAUUUCAUCCGUUACACCUUUCGGACCGGUUCCCGUGCCUUUUGGUUGGGGUCCGAAGCCUCGGUGCAAGGUUACAAGGCGUCAACAAACAAUAAACAUCCCCCGGCAGCGCUUUUUUUUCGGUUUCUGCCUGCUCCAACCAUCCAGCGCGUUCACACUAUUCGUAACCGGAAGGCCGAGUCCUCCGAGAGUAAGUGGGCAUCAAAAGCAAAUAUUCCGAAAAUUCUUCCAACCGAGACACAUCGGUUGGCUCCCACACCGGUGUUUGGAGUUGGAGAAAAAUAUACUUCCUCUCCCGUUCUCCCGAGUUGGAAACGGGGAAAAGUUGGAACAGUAGGUGGCACGGUGGGAAAAAUAAACCACCCUAGUAGCUCACCCUAACCGCAAGAGAAGAAAAGUUUGUCGGGAGACAAGAAAAAGGUAACGUGAGAAAAAAGGAAAGGAAAAGCCCGGACUGGCGACAGAUAUGCUUCGAGCGGUGACGAGGUCAACCGAAAAACCUCAACGCAAGUAGACGCUACGAAAAGUUUCCACGGUCAGAAAGGAGAAAGUGAACGAACGAAGGCGUUCGUGCAUGAGAACGAGCAGACAAAAAGGAGGUGCUAUCAUCCUUGUAUUUUUAUUUUUUGAAAGCAUUCUUAUCACGUGUGUGUAAUACGAAACGAGGUUAAACGUAGGGUGGUAUAAGUCGCUUUUCCUGACCGAGAGCGCCAAAGAUUGACCGAGUAGUCUAACGAAGCACGGUAACAAAGCGGGAAUUAAAUUUUCCACUAAACGGGGUGACAGAAAUCCUUCCUUCAGUCCCACCCCGAGUACGAGUACGUUGAGGAGCGAAAAAUCCACCCCGAAGGCCGUGACCGUGACGAACAAUUCAUCAUCAAACACACACACUCAAACAGGAUGAGGAUUAGGAGGAGUGUGAAUAUUAGCAAUGGCAGUGUCUUUCAUCUGGCGCUCGUCACUAUGGCAGCGCUCGUGCGACAGGUUAUUACGGAGGACUGUGGACAGGAGGAGCUGGUACAGUGCACGAGACCCCUACAGGUCCUGUCCGCCACAUCGGAGCUAUCGUUCGUGACCAAGAAGGAGGAGCUGGACAAACUUUGCCCCGAUCUCCACACCGGACUGCACUGCAUACGAAGCUACACCCGACGCUGCAUGAAUAUUCAUCAGCGGGACCACUUUAACAAACUCUACCACGGCACUAAUGAAGUGAUACACGAGCUCUGCGAGGAAGGCCCAUAUCAGGAAGACUUUCUUAGACAUGCACCGUGCAUGCGGCACGUGAAAAAAGACUACGAGGUGUGUGCGGCCCGGUACCAGAGCACCAUGGCGAAGAUUGGGCAAACGGUGGCGACGACAACCACCACCACGGUAGCAGCCUCACACGCCUAUCCAACAAUGGCCACACAUCCGGCAGCUGUCCUGAGCAGUGGUAGCGGUGGGCAAUACCACAGCGGUGACAUGAGUCAGCAUCAGCAUCACCAUCACAGACAGCAGCACGAACAUCCGGGCAGAAGCCAUCCGAACAGCACCAAGUCGAUCGAGGAUGCCGAGGAGGAGCGGCUGAAAACGGUUUGCUGUGCCUUCCAGAAGUACAUGCAGUGUUCGGAGUUUACGGUGCGGCAUGCCUGCGGCGACGAGACGGCGCUUUUCACGCGCAAAUUCCUCGACAAGAUGUCCAACACGCUGAUGCGGAUGCACUGCGUCGAUUACACGCCGGAAAGUGGAAAAUGCCGGGAUUACUUCAGCUCAAGCGCAACCCGGCCGGGUUUAGUGUGGUGGAGUUCAUCAAAUAUGGCCACACUCGCCCUCGUGACGGUGCUUGCGGUCGUACGUGCAGCGCGGCUGGGAACGCUUAUUUAAUCGCCAGUGACGACAGUGACGCCGAUCGGUGCUGCCCGAUCGCACCCGGUACGAUCUCGAUGACGGUGAGCGGCGAGAGGAUGCUGCUGGAGCUAAUCGCCGGCCAUGGAAGGGCUGUAAAUUGAGUGGAAAAAAGGGUUGAACAGGCAAAAUAGAGGAUGAAAAACAAAAACGCUCAAAACAGUAAAAUAGUUUAGUCACACAAAAAAAAAAACAAAAGUGAGUUUUGUGAGAGAAACAUACGCAGAAAGGGAGAGAGAAAAGGUAACAAAAACAGCACACAAAAGUGCCACAUUGUGUAACAGAGUGGUACAGAAUGGCAUGGCACAGUGUGAGCUUGUUCUGGCUACAUCACAGGAAUGAAAAAGAAGCUAAAAAGUUGUUCCCUCCUCUGUUGUGUGGAAUAUACCGCAAAACUGGAACUGGUGCCGCGACCAGGAUACGAACGGUCUAUUGUCUUCUGCUGGCGAUCAUGUCUGGCCCAGGUGUAUUAAUUUGUUUUAAGUUUACAGCUAGACAGAACAGAACAGGAAAACGAUGACUAUAAAAAAGAGGAAAACACAUAAAAGAGAGUUAAACAAAGAAGGACUUUUAUUAUUAACGAUUGUUACUAUAUUAAUUGAUUAUUCCUUAUAAAUACUGCCUUCACUAGAAAUGUUUCUUCUCCCCGGGAAAAAAAAAACAAAAAGGAAAGCGGUGGAUGGAAAACCAGAAAGGAGAAAAAUAGGGAAGCAAAAGCAGCACAUGCACAAAACUAUUAAAAAGAAGCAGCUAAAAGCUCAAAGGAAUAUAAGUAAAAUUAAACUGAAAGAAAAUGGAACAAGCGUGGACUAAAAACGAAAAGGAAAAGGAUCAAAAUCUUGCUUGCCAUUAUUCUGCUCCACGUUUUCAGUUACGCUCAACGCUCCUUCCUAACAACUAUUUAGUAAGUAGCAAAAGAAAAUGAAGAGAACAAGCGAAGGAUAGGAAAGCUAAUAACAAACAAGCAACUCAUUAUUAAAACUAGGGUCUCACCAAUCGCCAUUUCGUAACCCACCCAUGGGAAAACGCUUCAAAAACCUUUAACCUUUUACACUUAAACAAAACAUCGCCCUCCCCUAAAGCUUAGCGUGCUGUUUCGGUUUUUGCUUUUUUCUCCCAGCUGCUGUCGAACAAUCUGUUACUUCUUGUCCUUCGAAAGGGAAAAAACAAGCAGCAGCAACAACAGCGAGGAAAACCUAUAUGAAAAAUAUAUAAAACGAAGGAAACUGUUGGGCUUUUAGAGAACGGGACAAAAGGGAUGUAGCCAUUGGGAUGCAAGAGUGCAGUCGAGUUGGAUUUGUAUGUAGAUAUAUGGUGUGAAGGGUAGAUGCGGAUGAAACUGUUUGUAAAGUGUGAGUAAAGAGCGAUAGGAAAACGUGGCAAACGGACUAACUAGCAUGAUUAACAUGAAACAAGCGAUACGAAACUCGGAAGGCAGGCAGCGAACGCAUAAAGAAAAAAACAUUGAAUAAAAGUAUCAAAAAAAACCUGUACACUAUGAAAACCGAUA